GUCAUCAUUCUUAGGACCCAUUGUCCAUUUUGCAGACAGCUUGUUCAUCCACAAGAUCUCAGUCAAAACAGUGUGGACUGAACCAGAACUAAUGCCUAUAUGGACUUGGCCAUCUACUGGACAGUAAGACAUUUGUCAUCCAAAACCAUACGGUUUUUGGCAUCAACUCGAUCAUCAGUGGUUGAUGUUUUGGAGGAUAUGACCGAGGGUCAUCAUCUGUCCUGACCCUGCCCUUCUUGAACUCUUGCACCAUUUCCUCAAGUGCCAUUUCUUUGGGUGUCAUACCUUUCUUUGGCAGAUACUUUAUAACUCCUCGAGCCUGUGUUUCAUCCAUUUUUAGAUUUGUCGCACUAUCCUUAACUUUUGUAUGGGCCUCACGUGCACACAAAACAGAAAUAAUCUGUAUUAGUUUUAAAUAGUAGUGUGCUACCACAACAACAACUGCUCUUCUUUCUGGAUGAGGCUCAGAACUUUUUUUGAACGACCCUUGUAGGCAAAGCCUUCAUGUCAGCAAUCAAUAAUACUCCUGGGCUACGGUCGAGUACGUCGUUCAUACCCGUGUGCGUCUCCUGGGUGGUUACUAUUAUUAGCUCUUUACGACGUCAUUCGCGUAGCAGGUAGCGUAUCCGCCUAAGUCCUAACACUUGGCUUCGCAAUAAAAAAAUCGUUGCUCGAGAAUAACGGUCGGGUGUCGCAGUCAGGUCAAAGGGUAAACGGGGUAGUCGCUGAUAACGGGUACUCCUCACAGAAACCUAGCUGCAAGAAGGGAUAACAGUGUUCACGCCCUACACACGUGUCUUUCUCGUUCUCUCUUUGAGUUUCCCGCGCAGAAGAGCUCCUUCAGCAACGUGCCAGCCGGCAGGUUUGUUUAGCGGGGUGGCCAUGCGACGGCGACAACAACAGCGGCAACUUCUGUGUGGAUUUUUUUUAAAGCUAUUUGAGGGAUCACGACAACCAGCGCUUUUGUGUAUGGGUGUGUGUGCUCAGGGUAUGUGGUUUCGAGAUGAAUUCUGUGCAAGUUCAAGGAUCUCGUGCCAGCGGAGAUACACACCCUUUGUUUCUAAUGGAGGCUGACGAUUCUCUCGUGAACCAGGAUUAGAAUUUUAAAAAUAAUAUCUUUCUUGGUCCCUGCUGAUAAUUUCCUGGGCGAGUUUGCUAGACACAUUUCGCACAGUGCAAGUCUGUGCAGGUUUGUCGAGAAUGUGCCUGGAUGUGCCAUGUCAAGGGCGGCGAACUGCGUCAGCAAAGGGCUGCAACCUUAAACAAUGGGCAUUGUUGUUAUGAACGGCAUGAAAAUAGAACACUCUGUAAGUAUCUGUAGGUAGUAAACUAUCAUCUCGAUAGCAGGAUGGGGGCAAUCAACUUGCUUUGGAGACCUCACACACCAUGUCGAAUCCGUUUAAUGGCUUUCGCGAACCUUGUCGCGUUUUGCUAUGUGGUGAUGAUGACAUUGCUGACAUCAUCGAUGGUGUUUUUUGUGCUCAUCCCGCAGUUCUAUGGCGACUACGCCUUGUGGGUUCAUCGAUGUGUCAUCGUCUAUAUUUUCGUCAACGUGUCUGGCAACUUUUAUCUCUGCGCCACCACGGACACCAGCGUUGAACGACUUGGUCCAGUUUCAAGCGAGAGAACAAAUAUGGAACAGACUGGAACAGGUGAGCAGCAGCAAAGAGUCCGUGAAUGUAGUUUGUCUGAGGAGACCGCAAAACAUAAACCUAUGACUAACUGUAACAUAGAGAGAUCCAAAAAAAUCGAGAAUUGCGGAGGAGACACUUUCAGUCCACACGAAAUUUCUAAACGAAGGACGUUUAACGGUGAAUCUCGCGAGCAUCUCGUAAAGGCCGAGACUUGCCCGAGAUGUCUUACCGGCAACACAAGCGGAGUUCCAAACCUUGCAGAAACCGAGCUUACUUGCAGUAGAAGCACCAGCAUCAAUUCUAGCCAAAAAGGGUCUCAAAGAAGAGACCAGAAGGAAGCAACCAUCCCAAUCCCGCCCUCGGUCUCAUCUGACUGUGGCUUGUCCGUCCGCGACGGGCUUACCAAGCCUAGCGGAUCCGUUACAAGAUCAGUGCCAGAGCCGCUGCCAGUCGCAGGUAUCAAGCCAACAAGAAAGCCUGCUGCUGGCAGACAAAGACUUCAAACCUCUAGCGACCUCCGCCCUGAAAGGAGAGCUCUGAACGUAGCUAUGGAAACGUCAGGUCAUGAGCCCGAAAGGUCACAUUUUUGCAAGCUGUGCCAAAUCCUCAUACUGAAGCAUGACCAUCAUUGCUUUUUUACGACCGCUUGUGUGGGAUACUUUAACCAAAAGCACUUUAUCUUCUUUUGUUUCUACAUGAUGCUUGGGGCUUUCUAUGCAUUAAUUUUGGUUGCCAGGUUCCUUCAUGUGGUGUACGGGGUGAACUUCCAUGGUCCUCAAACGUUCUUCUUGCUGAUGAAAGAUUUUCUUGGUGAUUUAGUGUGGGUAGGUCGCACCCCAUCACUUGGCUACUGCCUGCUGCUGUACGAGAUGUGCGCGUGUCUGGUGGUGACCUUAGUUACGGGUGGAUUCCUCUACUGGCAGCUGUGCAUUACUGCUUCGGGUCAGACUACUUACGAAGUAAGGAAUGGAAGCAGCCGCUACAGCAAGGCUUCUGUGAAGGAUAAUUUCCGAGAUGUGUUUGGUCGCCAUUGGCCUCUUCUCUUCUUCCUGCCACUUCCUCUGCCACAGGCUGGCAACGGUUGCUAUUCGUCACCAAGACGACGUGUUGACCGAAGCACCUGCGCGGGACGAACGAAAGAUGAGCUUUCGCACCCAGGUGGCGACCUAAUGGAGAAAGAGAAGUCGAAGAAAGGUCAAGAGGCUGCAAGAAAAAUAUUGCCCUCUUCAGAACAGAAAGAACGCCUUUUCAAACGUGUCAGCAACAACAUUAAGAGAAGGAAAAGAUAAGUUACUGGGUUGAGUUGAUGCAAUUUUUAAUCACAGUUUAAAGAGAGCAACUUAUUUUUCUUUGGGGAAACUCUAAUUGUUACUGCGUGUUAUAAGUCUUCGAAAUGCCUUGUACGAGAUGGUUAUUUAUGGAAUGAAAAUUUAUCAUGUAUACACUCUGAUCAUCUUUCAUCUCUUACUUACACCGAAAGCUUGUGGCUAAGGGUUGGGAAAAGGUUGUGAAAGAGAGAUGGACAAUCAACACAAAAAUUACUUCGCCAUCAUGAUGACAGAUUGCGUGUGCUUUCUUAACACUAAACAAGGGUCUGCUUUUAUUUUUUCAUUUUCUGCUCUCAUCAGUCCUCUAAGGUACGGGCUGAGCAACCAUGUAAACAAACAUAUGAAUGUGAGUUGUAGUAGGUCUCGUAUUGUCUCGUGUAUGAAUGGUGUCUUGUGUCUGACGUCUUGUGUGCGUCAUUUGUUCCACGUCACUUGAACCAGAAAAAGACGUCAUAUAUCAUAAGUGUGCGUCACUUGUUCCACGUCACUUGGAGUAGAAAAAGACGUCAUAUUUGCUCUCAAAAUGGCCAAGUGAGCGGGGAAACAACUCACACCAGAGUUAGUGUGAAAUACAAGGGUCUGACAGCAACAUCCACAGAAAAAACGCCAUCAAGUUGUUAAGAUUCAAACGAGUUUGCUUAAAUAAAGAGAAAAAACACAUGCGUCAUUCCUUUGGAGGUUUCUGUACAAAGAGAUCAGUGAAAAUAA